UAAGUUAGGAAAAUACAAAGAAAAGCCUGGCCGCCUACCGGCAGCAAAGCGACAAAACGAGGCUGUCAAACCCGCGAUUUCCCUGGAGCCCAAUGGACGCCGGCGGCGGCCCGCGAUGUCACAUGACCAGGCGUGCUACGGGAGCCGCACGCGCCAGCUCCUGCGCAGCCGCAGCGGGCCGCUUGCGCGCCUUUCCUUCCAGAAAUGGCGGCUCCGCUGGGUGGUAUGUUCUCCGGGCAGCCACCUGGACACCCCGGGGACUCCAGGGGCCAAGCUUCGCUUCUUCAGGCCGCGCCAGGCCCUCCGAGAACUUCCAACAGUACCUUGGUGGACGAGUUGGAGUCAUCUUUUGAGGCUUGCUUUGCUUCUCUUGUGAGUCAGGACUACGUCAAUGGCACAGAUCAGGAAGAAAUUAGAACUGGUGUCGAUCAGUGUAUCCAGAAAUUUCUGGAUAUUGCGAGACAGACGGAAUGUUUUUUCUUACAAAAAAGAUUGCAGUUAUCUGUCCAGAAACCAGAGCAAGUUAUCAAAGAGGAUGUCUCAGAACUAAGGAAUGAAUUACAGCGGAAAGAUGCUCUGGUCCAGAAGCACUUGACAAAACUGAGACAUUGGCAGCAGGUGCUAGAAGACAUCAACGUCCAGCACAAAAAGCCAGCCGAAAUCCCUCAGGGCUCCUUGGCCUACCUCGAGCAGGCAUCUGCUAAUAUCCCUGCACCAAUGAAGCAAACCUGAGUCAGAGCUGGCCUGAAGGUGAUCUGGUGUGUGAGUCAGUCUGAACACGGUUUUGACAAACAUCACUUCUUGUGGACAUGACAUUUUGUAAGAACUCUUUGCCAAAGAAUGAGGUGAUUUUUGUUGAUGAUCUCACCUAAAAUUUUCCCCUUAUUUUUAUAAGCGUUAUUUCUUGAGUACUUUAAAAAUGCCUGUAUAGUUUUGGUAAAUGAAGUAAAUUUUCCUGUCUUUAGCAAA